AUGGGGCUCCCGCGCGGCCAGCUCCUCUGGCUGCUGCUCCUGCUCGCGGCUGCCUGCUCGGGGAUCCUCUUCACUCUGUACUCCUCGGCAGUGGGGCCGUACCCGGGGCCCCGGUCCGGAGCCAGGAAUGCCACAUCAUCUCGAGCAUUCUUUGGACACAAGGCAUCAAACGCUGGACCGAGAAAGAGCGCGCACUGCCAACACCCACUUUAUCAGGCCAUCCAGAAGCACCCCCACUUCCGCACCCUGUUCGAUCUCUCCAUUCCAGUGCUGCUCUCGGGGGCCCUCUUCACUCGGGAGCUCUGGGACAGGCUGAGCCAGCAUAAAGCCCCCUAUGGCUGGCAGGGGCUCUCCCACCAAGCCAUCAACUCCACCCUGAGCCUCCUGAAUGGCUCCGAGAGCUCCAGGCUAUACACCGCCUCCGGGAAGCCGCCCUCCAAGUGCGUUCGCUGUGCGGUGGUGGGGAACGGAGGCAUUCUGAAUGGCUCCCGCCAGGGGCUGAACAUCGACGCCCAUGACUACGUGUUCAGACUCAAUGGUGCUGUGAUCAAAGGCUUCGAGAAGGAUGUGGGCACCAAGACCUCCUUCUACGGUUUCACCGUGAACACAAUGAAGAACUCCCUCAUCUCCUACCGGCAUUUCGGCUUCACCUCCGUGCCACAAGGCCAGGACCUGCACUACAUCUUCAUCCCCUCUGACAUCCGGGACUAUGUGAUGCUGAGAUCGGCCAUUCUGGGUGUGGAUGUCCCCGAGGGCCCUGAUAAAGGGGACAGGCCUCAGACCUACUUCGGACCGGAAGCCUCUGCCAGGAAAUUCAAGCUACUACAUCCAGACUUCAUCAGCUACCUGAGGGAGAGGUUUUUGAAAUCAAAGUUGAUUAACACAAAUUUUGGAGAACUAUAUAUGCCUAGUACUGGGGCCCUCAUGCUGCUGACGGCUUUGCACACCUGUGACCAGGUUAGUGCCUAUGGAUUCAUCACAAGCAAUUACUGGAAAUUUUCAGACCACUAUUUCGAGCGAAUUAAGAAGCCACUCAUCUUCUACGUGAACCACGACCUGUCCCUGGAAGCCACCCUGUGGAAGAAACUGCACAAGGCCGGCAUCCUUCGACUGUACCAGCGCUGACCCUGAAGGAGCACGAGAGCUGGACUUGUGACUGUUUCCGAAGCCUGUUCAUUGCGGGACACCCCAUCUUAUUCUUGGUUUCUCCAAGAAGACUCCGCUCGAGGUUGGAGACAGAUAUCCCGACCUUGGGCGAAGGGAGACGACCGCUCUGCUGGGUGUUUGAAAACUGAAGGAAAUGUAAUAUGAGACUGUGACCCUCACCAGUGAAGGGCAAACACACUUCAGAGCAGAGGCUCUCAAAGCCAGCUGUUGGUAGAGAACUUGACAAUGUGGGUGCGGCGACUUCGACAUCUCCACUGACCAGGGUCAAGCAGCGGGGCAAGCUCACACUCUCGCCAGCCAGACCCACCCACGAGCAUGUCCAGCCUCCCAGCAACUCCACGACGUCAGACUCUAAGACAUGCCUACACCACCCGAGGACAUGACCACUUUCCUUCUGCCCCAUGAUGAAGUGGGAGCACAAAAGGCAGAAUGUAACUUGAACUAGGUACUUGCAUAAAUGACAGGAUGACCCUUG